AUGACUAGCCACUCAGAAGAUUUAUCAACAGAUAUCUCAUCGUCACUGUCUUCACCGUUCGGCAAAAGUUUCAAUAGAAGGAGAGUCAAUACGGCCAGCUCACAGGUUGAGCGGCUAGAUGAGGCUGAUAAGCAGAUCCUGGAAUGGGCUGGGAAGUUAGAGAUGGAGAGUGUAGAUCUUCGAGAGAAAUCAGCACAACUAGUUCAGGUACUACAAAAGAACUCGAAGGAAUUAUGUGGGUUGAUGAAGAGACUGGAUGGAGCUUUAGCUAAGCAGGGCGAUUUAGACGAGGCUCGGAAACUGAUAAAUGAUUUGGGGUCUCGAUUGGAGAAGCAGGUGGGUGUGAUUGAGAGUCAAGUCAAGACAGUCAAUAAUUUCGAUUAUGAGAAUGAAUUUAAGAAACUUGAAAAGAAGAUUAUCAAGUCUUUAGAAGAGGACCAGCAAACAACUACAAAAUCUACUGAUCAAACGCAUGAAUUGCUCUUCAACGUGAGCAGACAGAUCGAGGAUACUCACCAGGUGAUGAUCUCUAUGUCAAAGGAUAUUACAGCGCUUUAUGAUCGGCAGACUUCGCUUGAAAAGUGUAUUGCGAAUUACGGAGACAUUGCACGCAGCAGCUCAGUGAUUCUUCCAGAUGAUGAGCCAACACUUAAUGAUGGACCCAUAACGAGAUCAAUGAGUAAGAGAACGAGAAGUACUGCAUCCAGACCCAAGAAAGUGGUUAAACCGCGCGAUUCCACAAUUGCAAGAACUAUCAUACCUUGGGAAGAAGUCGACAUGUAUUAUGCCUCAGAGAUAUGA